AUGGCCAAGAAGACAAAAGACAUUCGAUCGGUUGCUGCAAGAACGAGAAGGAAAGAUCUGAUUGCCCUUCGCAAACCAAAGGAAAUAGAAUUAGAGUCUGAAUUCGAGGAAGAAACUCAGUUUGAGGAUCCUGCAAUGACAGGAGUUCAGCAGGUCAACAUGACAGAGCUUUUACAGACACUCACAGCGCAUAUGAGCGUCCUUUUUCAAGCCCAGUUCGAUAAACUCGAACAUCGACUUGAUGCUCUGUCACCGGAAACUGGUCGGGAGACAGGGCUGAAUCGAGACCAAGAAAUUGCAAGCUUGUUGCUCGCUUUGAGGAGCUCGAGCAACGUCUGGUGGUAG